GAAGACUGGCGAGGGAAACCAUAAGGUUACCAAAGAAAACCAUCUGGAAAAUUCUGAAGGGCCCUUCUUAUGUUAAAAGUGGCAUUUUGAAAAACACCUGAAGCGCCGGCUGAUUGUGGGUGAGCCAGCAGAGAAAUAUUGUCAACGGAGCCAUCCUCUUUUCAACCCUCACCUCCACCCUCCAAGUGGCGCAGCUCCCCGCGGGGACACAGGGGGCUUAGGUGUGACCUUCGAGUCCCCGAGGCCAUUGCACAUCUGUCUCCCUCCCCCUCCCCCCGCCAGGUGUGUCCAACGAGAGAGCUGCCGUCACCUGGGCUCGGCAAGGGAGUGUUCACGAUCUCACUGUUCAUCCGUGUGCAGAGGGGGAAAAAGAGAGAGAGAGAGAGAGAGAGGCUGAGAAAAAAAAAAUCCCACAUUGUCAGAGUAAUGCCAAACUCCCUCUGAGUGGGAUGCGCGGAGCAGAUGCUGCAGUGAGAUGCCAGAGCGGCUCCCCUUCCUCUGUGCCUUGGGUGCCUAUAAAUUGCUCCGGCGCGCGUUUGUCAGCCUCCUCUUCUCCUGGCAGGUGGUACCCGGGCAGGAUUCUGCGUUCAGUCUCUCUCGCGCUCCGCUCCCGGCCGCCAGGCGCUCGCCGCUGCUCACUGGCUCCGCCGCUCCAGCCCCGAGCCUCGCCGCGCUGACCGUGCCCGCCGCCGCCGCCGCCGCUGCUCCGCGCACCCGGGGGGCGGCCGGCCCGAGCUCGCGGGGGGCGGGGGGGGUGCGCCUCUCUUAGGGCUGCCGUGGCGGUGGCGAAGGAGGGGGAGACAGGCAGCGGAAGGGCGAACCGAGCCAGCGAGAGAAGCCGAGGAGGAGGCAGAAAAAGGCAACUUCAGACGGAAAGUUGGUGCGAACUGGCGCAGUCGGCAAAAACGGAAAAGUCGAUCGCAGCAGCGGCCGCAUAAAAGUGUGAGCGGCCCCGGGCGGCGCGAGAGGCGGCGGCUGGCUCUGCCCUCCGAGUGGCCGCGCCGGCGCCCGAGGCGCAGCCACAGGUGCCAAGGGGCUCGCGGGAGGCGAGGGGGCGCCCUGCGCGCCCCUCCCCCAGCCCCCACCCCCCCAGCCCGGGACUUCAGCUCAAGUCGCCUGGCGUCCGAGCUCCCUCCCCAGCCGCAGCCUCAGCAGGGGGAGCGGGAGCAGGAGCAGGAGCAGGCGGGGAGCGGCCGGCGCGCGCCCGCCCAGGGGAGUUGGGGUUCGCAGGGGGUUGUUUUCGGCUCUGAGGAGGUCCCCGCCCAACCUUCAAAAUUUUGUCCAAAAGCAGACAAGAGGAUCGCCCCGCGCUGAGCCGGCUGGUGGGCAGCAGGAGGCGCCUGAUCGCCGCCGGGGCGCUGGGGGUGGUGAUGGUGCUGCUGCUGGUUAUCCUCAUCCCGGUGCUGGUGAGCUCGGCCGGCACGUCGGCGCACUACGAGAUGCUGGGCACCUGCCGCAUGGUCUGCGACCCCUACGGGGGCACCAAGGCGCCCAGCACGGCCGCCACGCCCGACCGCGGCCUCAUGCAGUCCCUGCCCACCUUCAUCCAGGGCCCCAAAGGCGAGGCCGGCAGGCCGGGGAAGGCGGGCCCGCGCGGGCCCCCCGGUGAGCCCGGGCCGCCGGGUCCCGUGGGCCCUCCGGGCGAGAAGGGCGAGCCCGGCCGCCAAGGCCUGCCGGGCCCGCCCGGGGCGCCCGGCCUGAACGCGGCCGGGGCCAUCAGCGCCGCCACCUACAGCACGGUGCCCAAGAUCGCCUUCUACGCCGGCCUCAAGCGGCAGCACGAAGGCUACGAGGUGCUCAAGUUCGACGACGUGGUCACCAACCUCGGUAACCACUACGAUCCCACCACGGGCAAGUUCACCUGCUCUAUCCCGGGCAUCUACUUCUUCACCUACCACGUCCUGAUGCGCGGAGGGGACGGCACCAGCAUGUGGGCUGAUCUCUGCAAGAACAACCAGGUGCGUGCCAGUGCCAUUGCCCAAGACGCCGAUCAGAAUUAUGAUUAUGCCAGUAACAGUGUGGUUCUUCAUUUGGAGCCAGGAGAUGAAGUCUACAUCAAACUAGAUGGCGGGAAAGCACACGGAGGAAAUAACAACAAAUACAGCACAUUUUCUGGAUUUAUUAUUUAUGCGGACUGAUAACGCAGAAACUAAGCUUAUUAUUCUGAGUUUGGACACUGGAUUCGUAUGGCUGACGUCACUGAAUCAAGGAUCCCAGGGGAUGCCAGUUGCGGGGCACCUCAGUUGUGUAUAUGUGGGGAAUUCAAAUGCUACCUGACUCACAUCUGUAUACUCAGAAACAUUCUGUAAAAAAAAAAAAAAAAAAAAAAAAAAAAUUAAAAGCAAGAUAAGCAGAUGUGUUAUCCAUUACCGCCAAAGCAAAUUCUCCUCCUUAUUGUUAGUGUCCAUGUGAAUGAAGUCCUAUAUAGAUCACAAAUUUUUAUAGAAAAAUCUAAGACACUGAAUUAUUUCUCCAAUAUCUAUGAUACUUUGGUGUUCUGUGACCCUGCUGCUUUGAUCCAUAUAUCAGCUUUGGUUCUUGUGAGUUUACCUGCUUCUGAUGAUACUUGGAGUCCAUUCAUAGUGUGGGGAGAAUGAUCUUACCCUGCAGGAGAAGGUCUAAUUGAAAUAAUGCUGCUUGUCCCCAAAGAAAUUGUUUGCCUUGUACUUUUGUUAACUUUAGAGCUAGUCCUGGGAAUGAUUCAACUUCAAGCCUUAACCUGGAAUUUUCUGGAUUUGAGGGAAUUCCCAAGCCUAUGAUCAUUUUCACAUUUCCUUUUUCUUGUGAAUUUUCUUUUCUCUCCUUUCUGGUGAUUAUCUUUUAAAAAUGGAGAUCGAAAUUGUAUCAUAGGAUUACCCUCUAAGUGUGCAAACGUGUAAUUAUGUGUGGUAUUUAGAAAAUCCCCUGUGUGUCCAUUUUGUCAAUAGAAUGCGUUUAGAUUUACUUAGAAAGUCAGAGAAAUUUAUUCUUUGGUGUUAAAUCAGACUGAGGCUUUUGCUUUCUUUGGAACAAAAGAUUAUUCAUAAACCCAAUGCACAAAGGUUUAAUUUGAGCUACUGCAUGGGUCACCAAGGGGACACUAAGUAAGGCCUUCAAAUAGUUACUACAAGUCCUGGCCUGAGGUUAUUUCAAAAGGAAUAAUUUCACGUGUAACCAAUAUGACAACAAAGUGUAUAUAUUUUAUACCAGUAUCUGCUACAAAUACAUGUAUUUGUGUGUACAUGCACACACACACAUAUGUUAGAGGAAGUAUGAUAUAUAUAUGGCUUCAGACCACAGGCACAGUGGCUGUAUAGCCUCAAAAAUUUAAUCUAAAAAAGUAUGUGUAUAUAUACACACAAACAAGCAAAAAUUAUUUGACUUAUUUUGGAUCGAAAUAUAUUUUGGAUUACAAAAGUGUAUGGAAUAGCAAAACAAUUGAAAUGGCUUCUCUUUUAAGAGCUACCCAGAAACGUAAAGUUUAUUAGGUUAAAAUGCCCUAUCCGUCACAUGUCUGUAAAUUAAGCCUACGGCUUCUUUAUUACCAUAUGCCAAUCAAUAUUCCCACUGCAUUCUGUGUCAGACUGUUAAUAUUAGGACUGCAGAAACGGGUGGCUCUUUUUUGCAAUGUCUAUGAAUGAUAUGCAUUUGAAUGAUCACUUUUUUCUUUUUUCUCAGGUGGAUUAAAGCUGACAGUAAAGUAGAUUCUGAGAGUAGUGCAAAUCAUUUCUCUCUGGUUAAAAUACACUGCCAAAAGCCAUCUCUUUAAUCUAAGAAAAAGAUUAAAAAUGCAUGUUGAUAUAUCCUCCCUAUCGGACAACUUCCACUGUUACAAUGAAAAAUCUGUCCCCACCCCGCCCUCCCCGCCCCCCCACCUCCUCGCUUGCCUUUGAAGACUCUGACAAGUAGAUUUCAAAAACAGGGAUUUAAAAAUCUGCUUGUUUUACUGGUGAAGGACAUUUGCAUUUUUUCAUUUAAAGGAAUUAGUUUGUUCCCCUGGCUCGUUCCUCUUGGGUACUUUAUGUUCUAAUACACAGAAAGCGUGAUCAUCUUUGAGCCACAGAAAUAUCUUGUGUUUCGUAAACCUCAACUUUCCAAAAGAGUUAUGCAUGAUGUUCCCAUCUGAAGGUGCUGUUUGCUUAGUUUAAAUGCCUUGGUCGGAGUCACUGUCAUGAUGUCUAUGAUCAAAAAUGCUUAGCCCAUCCAUCAGGAAUAAUGACUAAUUCUAUUUGGCCUUUCUAAUAUGUUAGAUAACUGAUAAUGGGGUUUCAACGAAUUUAUUUCUAUUGAACGACAUAUAUUUAUCAAAGAGGAAUUGGUAGUUGGGGUUUGGAGUUUUUGGGGGUUUUUGUUUUUGUUUUUGUUUGUAACAAAUAGCAUAAUGAGGAAUCAACCAAAAGAUUAAUUUAUAAACAGCAGUGCACAUCAACUAAGAGUUUUAAAAAGGCUUUAUUUACACAAAACAUCGGGGGUGGGUACCUUUUGAAGAGUAGGCUCGAGUCAGAAUGCCAUUUCUAAUAGAUCUGACCUUUUCUUCAGAUAACUAAGCAUCAUUUUCUCUGUUUAGGCCCAAGGAAAAACAAAUAAAAGGUAAGGGAAAUAAAGGGAAUAUAUAUAUGGCAAACAUUUCUCUUUUUUUGCAUAUAUAUUAUUAAUUAAACUGUGGCCUUUGUUAUUAUAAAUGUAAUGAUUCAUUAAGCUAUAUUAUGUAAUAUA